AUGUGGUGGGAAAUGUUCAGGAAGAGGCACAAGAACCUGAGCAUGAGGCCGGACAACCUAGAUAGGGGGAGAGCUGAGUGUGCCACACGUCUGACGAAAGACACCUUCUUUACUUCUUAUGAGAAGCACUUGGAAGAGAGAGUGGACCGAGGGAGAAACCUAGAACAAAUCUAUAACUGCGAUGAGUCUGGAUUUCGUAGCGACCAGAGCAGGCACAAAGUGCUGGCUCCCCAGGGCACAAAACACGUGUACCAGCAGGCUCCGGGGACCAAGGAGCAAAUCACCACACCACCAUCUCUUCCUGGCCUGCUUCAACACAGCUGGGGAGGAUGUCCCCCCCUGCAUCACCACCGCCAGUGCCUCCCAGUGUUCAACACCUGUAGGAGCCGCCGGAGCCCCCAGCUACAGAAGAAGGCCACGUGCCUACUCUCCCGGCCACACCAUCAUCGGCCCCACAACCCCACCAUUACAAACACCAGCUCCUCCAAGCCAUCGUCGGCGGUUUCGUCCACCACCACACCACCCCCCCUGUCUGUCAACACCAAACCGGCCUCCUCUGGACCAACUGCCUCCUCCGUCUCCCCUGGUCACACCACCACAGCAGCCUCGUCUGGUGUCCCUGCCCCCUGCAAUUUGAAUACAGCCACCUCCACAGCACAGAAAAGAAAGAGAAAAGCUCCACCGGCCACCUCUGUCACGCCACCCAUGGCAAAACUCUCAGCUGUUCUCAUCCUCCUAGAUCUAUCUGCUGCCUUCAACACCGUGAAUCCUCAAAUCCUCCUCUCCACCCUCUCAGGGCUGGGCGUCACAGGCUCUGCACACUCUUGGAUUGCAUCCUACCUGGCAGACCGCUCCUACCAGCCAGCGCUUGGGAAGACCAAGUCUAAAGGGUUGACAUGUCUUGGACCUGACUUUGUGUACGGAACUGUUGCGACCAUCCAGGACGGAGGAGUCUCAGAAGCCUUGUCCAACUGGCACACACACUCCCUGCCCACCAGUGGCAGUAGAGGCCACUCCAGGAGGCCUGAGAAGGACUUUGUGGCUCUGAACCGCGAGGGGGUGAAGUCCGGCCUGGUGACUGCCAAGGAGCAUUAUCAGUACCGCGCCACCCACGACAGGAGACAAGCCGCCCUUGCCAGAAGGGGCUCCCAUGUCCCUGUGCCCCCUCGCAUCCCCCCUAACACUACCUUUGGCAUCUCGACACAGCCAUCCACUCCCAUCUGUGAGCUGCUGGAGCACAAGUACGCCCAGCACUGGUUAGAGGAGCAGCAGGCCAAGGAGAGAGCCCUGGAGGAGAGGCAGCUCAACUUGCCUAAGCUGGGCCGCAUCCAGGAGACACGGACAACUCUGUUGAGGAAGAGUCGGCCCAUGCCUGAGUCCUCCCCGCUGUGGAAGCUUCCCCGCUUCCAGCAGGUUGGCCCAGCUCUGGACACCUUCCGGGAUCCAUAUGCGAGAAAGAAGGCCUUCAAUGCACACUUCUCAGACUCAGUGGCACGGACAGGACAGCUGGGCCAGGGAACCUACACUGUGGGCUAAAACAUACAUAGAGAAGAGUCUAUGUAGUAACUGUUGGGGUAGGGAGUAGGGGGCAAAGUCUUAUUUUCCAACCGGCCUUAAUCAAAUUGCUCUCAGAUGCAACCAACCUAUAUGUAUUACUGAUACUGACAAUAUUAUUAUCAUGGGAUUUUACUGAUUUCUACAACUCCUCAAUUACAGAUUGUACUUCGAGUUUGUUGGCAAAAAAACUGAUAUUGUACUUCUGGCCGGACUUACACUGUUACCACCACAAGGAUUUAUAAUAUAAUGUUUGUAGACUACACUACUCUUUAACUCAGCGAGAAGGUAAAGUACAAAACACUCAAAUGCUGUGAAUGUGUUCCUGGAAAAAUAAAGGAAAAAUAUUUUAAGUUAUUCAAAUAUGCUAAUAUUGCUUAACUUUUCACUGUUUGUUAUUAGGUCAUAGCUUGGCUAUAAAUCUUUUUCUCGGGUUGUGUUCCAAGUAUAAAACAUUUAAUGGAAAAGUCAGACUGAUUUAGGGUCAUUUAUUUCAAUAAAUUCAUAUAUUCUA